AUGGGGCCAAAAUGGGUAUGGGUAAUGAUGAAUGUGUUGGUUUUAGGAGCAACGUAUAGUGAUGGGUGUUUGGAACAACAGAGACUUGCACUCCUACAGCUCAAACGUUUUUUCAAUGAUCGUCAGUAUUUACGCACCUGGACGGGGGAAGUGGGUUCGGACUGUUGUCGAUGGGAAUUCGUUGAGUGCAACAUCACCACUAGACGAGUCACUGAACUCUCUUUAAACUGGAUGAAGUCGGUAAAUCAGAAAUGGUAUCUUAAUGCCUCUCUGUUUCUUCCAUUUGAAGAACUGAGGAGUCUUUAUCUCCAAGGGAAUGAAAUAGCUGGUUUUGUUGAGAAUGAAGGUUUUGAAAAGCUAUCCAAGUUGAAACAUCUCGAGAUCCUUGAUUUAAGCUAUAAUCACAUUGAGAGCCUCCGGUCCUCCCAUGGUAAUGGAAGACAAUUGAGGCUGAUCAAUUUACAAGUACUUGACUUAAGUGACAAUCCCUUCAAUAACAGUAUAUUGGCAGACCUUAGUGGGUUUUCAAAUCUAAAGUCAUUGAAUUUAAGACAAAAUCAACUGAAUGGAUCAAUAGAUAUCAAAGAACUUUGCCUAUUGAGCAAUUUAGAGACACUAGAUAUGAGCCACAAUGAGGUAAACCAAUUUGUGACUUUUAAAGAGUUGCAUCUGUUGAGCAAUGUGGAGGACCUAUUCAUGGAUAAUACUCCUUUGGACAUCAACUUUUUGCAAAGCAUUGGCAACUUGACUUCUCUCAAAAUCUUGUCCCUGUAUAACUGCGGUUUGGCUGGCACUUUACCUAGUCAAGGUUGGUGCCACCUAAAAGGUCUCGAAGAAUUGAGUCUCAAUGGAAAUGGUCUACAGGGUGCAAUUGCUUCAUGCUUGGGUAACUCGACAUUUCUUCGCUAUUUAGAUAUCUCUAACAAUCAGUUCACAGGAAAUAUUGCCUUCACUGCCCUCUCAAAUCUCACUAUGCUUCAAGUCCUCUCCCUUUCAAAUAAUCAAUUUCAAGUUCCAGUGUCAUUCAAAUCAUUUGCAAACCACUCAAAUCUUAAAAUCCUUUCAAGCAAUGGGAACAGGUUAGCAGCGGAACCAACAGUUUUCCAAACUUGGUCCCCAAAAUUUCAACUUAAGGUCUUGAGUUUGUCAAAUUGCACAAUAGAAGAACAUAGGAAUCCACAACUUCCUAACUUCCUCUAUUACCAAUAUGACUUGAGAUACGUUGAUCUUUCCUAUAGCAAUUUUGUUGGAAUAAGGUUCCCCGAUUGGUUGGUAAGGAAUAAUACAAGACUAGAAGCACUUUACAUGAUGAAUAGUUCUAUUGAGGGACCUCUUUUCUUACCAUCACAUCCUAAUAAUAACAUGAGGGUACUUAACAUAUCAAACAAUAAAAUGCAACAUCAAAUUCCAACCAAUUUUUGCUCAGUUUUUCCAAAUUUAGAAUUGUUAACCAUGUCGCGAAAUGCCUUCAAAAGUAAUAUUCCUCCUUGUUUGGGUGUUAUGAGUGGGUUAGAAAUUUUAGACAUAUCCUACAACUACUUUUUUGGAGGAAUACCUAAGGAGUUGGCCAUGAGUGGCUCAUUAAUGGUUCUUGUACUUUCAAAGAACACCUUGAGUGGCAAAAUGUUUCCUGCAACACAUCGCUCAACUAGGCUGAAAGGAUUAUAUUUGGAUGGCAACAACUUUGACGGAGAGAUGCCUCAUUUUUCCCCUAUUAUCUCUUCAGAGCUUGAAACUUUAGAUUUAAGCAACAACCACUUGUCUGGGAAACUCCCAAUAUGGUUGUGGAAUUGUACAAGAUUGUUGAUGCUAGCUUUGGCUAACAACCAACUCGACGGUCCCAUUCCCAUUGAAUUAUGCAAUCUGGUGGAUCUUCAGUACUUGGAUCUUUCUCAAAAUCACCUGUCUGGUACAAUACCAUCUUGCUCCAAUCUACAGUAUAUAAAGCAUGUACAUCUGAGCAGGAAUAAACUGAGCGGACCACUGUCACCUGCCUUUUAUAGAAGCUCUUCAUUAGUAACAUUAGAUCUGAGUGAAAACAACUUCACCGGAAAAUUUCCAGAUUGGAUCCACACACUGCCGGCUCUGAGUGUCCUUCUUCUAAAAGCAAAUCAGUUCCAUGGUGAAUUUCCUCUGCAAUUGCGCAAAUUGUACUCAUUAAGCAUCAUGGACCUUUCUCAGAAUAAACUUUCUGGUCCCAUACCUUCCUGUUUCAGUAAUUUAACUCUUCAGCCAAGGGAUGAAAAGUCUGAUAUAACUAAAAGCAUUUUCGGUGUUAAGUAUGACGUCGUUGAAGGAGUAUUGACAGAUAUGGGACUGAAAAUAUAUCAUCUCAUAAAAGAUAGGUAUUAUGAAAAUGCAUUUCCUACAUCACCUUGGUCUACUUAUACUUAUGAAGAAGAGAUAGUGAUUUCAACAAAGAGGUCAUCAUACACUUACAAGGGUCACAUUCUUGAUAUGUUUUCUGGAUUUGAUCUCUCUUGCAACCAACUCACCGGCAUAAUCCCACCGGGAUUGGGGACUUUGGCCGAAAUCCGUGGCCUAAACUUGUCGCACAACAAUUUAACUGGACCCAUCCCCUCCACGUUCUCAAAACUUAAGCAGAUUGAGAGCUUGGAUCUUUCCUACAACAACUUAAACGGUAGAAUUCCCCUGCAACUGAUUGAGUUGAACUUUCUGGCGGUAUUCACUGUUGCACACAACAACUUGUCAGGGCCUCUCCCAGACAGGAAAGGUCAAUUUGGGACAUUCGACGGGAGCAGUUACGAGGGAAACUAUCUUCUUUGUGGACCUCCAUUGGAAAACAGUUGUGGUGAAGGUGAUUCAUCAGAAACUCCAAAUGCUUCAUCUGAUGAAGAUGAAGAAGAUGGUUUUAUAGACAUGGUUGAUUUCUACGACAGCUUGGGGGUUACCUUUGCAAUUAUAUUGCUGGCAACUGGCAUUAUUGCCCUGCUUCAGAAGAAACAUAUAGCCCCGUGUAUCUUCCUUGGUUAUAGAGCACUUCAAGUUCCAGACUGCAGGGAAAACAUAAGUGAGUUGCCCAUAGCAAUACCUCUUUCUAACAAGGCAACAGACAAACCGUCUCAUCAACGCAGGAUUGCUCUUUCUUUGGUCAUUUCGGUUAUAGUUAUUAAAUUGAGACUCAGUCCUCACCCACCUAAUUCUUAA